CACUGAGGGGCGGAGGCGGAGGCGGCGACCGCAGCCGGGGGAGCGGCCUGAGGCAGGGGCCGGCUGCCUGCUCCGACAGCCGCGGCGGAGGAGAAAGAUGGCGGAGGCCUCGGCGGCCGGGGCGGACGCGAAGGAGGAAGCGGUAGCCGCCCACCGAUUUUUCUGCCACUUUUGCAAGGGCGAGGUCAGCCCCAAACUGCCGGAAUAUAUAUGUCCCAGAUGUGAAUCAGGCUUUAUUGAAGAAGUGACAGAUGAUUCCAGUUUUUUAGGUGGUGGCGGCAGCAGCCGGAUAGACAAUAGCACAUCAACACAUUUUGCAGAGUAUUGGGGAUUGAACCAGGGUUCCUCAGCACUGAACUGCAUCUCCAUUCCUGUCCCCUUUUUAUAUUUUGAGCUGUGGGACCAUUUGGAUCAAACAAUGUUUUUCCAAGAUUUUAGACCAUUUUUGAGUAGCAACCCACUGGACCAAGAUAAUAGAGCCAGUGACAGGGGUCAUCAAACUCAUACUGACUUCUGGGGACCAAGUCGGCCUCCAAGGCUGCCAAUGACUCGGAGAUACAGGUCUCGAGGAAGCACUCGUCCUGACAGAUCCCCAGCUAUUGAAGGAAUAAUACAACAGAUCUUCGCAGGAUUCUUUGCAAAUUCUGCAAUUCCUGGAUCCUCACACCCUUUUUCUUGGAGCGGGAUGCUGCACUCCAACCCUGGGGACUAUGCCUGGGGUCAGACAGGGCUUGAUGCCAUUGUAACCCAGCUUUUAGGACAACUGGAAAACACAGGGCCUCCCCCAGCUGACAAGGAAAAAAUCACUUCUCUUCCAACAGUGACAGUAACUCAGGAACAAGUUGAGAUGGGUUUAGAAUGUCCAGUAUGUAAAGACGAUUACACAGUUGAAGAGGAGGUCCGGCAGUUACCCUGCAAUCACUUCUUCCACAGCAGUUGUAUUGUGCCAUGGUUAGAACUGCAUGACACAUGUCCUGUAUGUAGGAAGAGCUUAAAUGGUGAGGACUCUACUCGGCAAACCCAGAGCUCUGGAGCUUCUGCAAGCAACAGAUAUGACAGCCAGCUACAUGACCGAUGGACUUUCUGAAACUAAAGACCACACCUGAACCAGGGCUGUUGGAGAUAGUCUUCUUACCAUAGAUGUAAAUUGUAUCAAAACAAAAAAAUAGUAGAUGGAUUUAGGAAUCACAUAAGAAACCCCAACCUAUAAUAUUAAUGCAAUGAGUGUUUUUCUUCUCUAAAUUUAAAGUUAGUAUCUACAAAAAGAAUUGUAUCUACAACCAAAUUCCUCUUAUUCCUGAAUUCAGAGUGAUAAUUUUAUAAGUGUGAAACUUAAGUACAGCAUAUGGGUUUCCCUCUGUCUCAAUAAAAUGAGUUCUUUGAAGUCUA